AUGAGUCUUUUAAAGACAUUCAGAGACUAUGUGCGUAUCUGUAAAGAUAAAAAUUUAUUGAUACACCCUCGAGGCCAGAAUACAAAUUUUUUACCCAUCGCCUUAGUGAAUGAGGUAUCACAUCAAUUACAACUAUCAGAACCCAAACCAAAACAGAAUGAUGCACAGCUGGUAAAUGACUAUCAUGAAAAGAUAGGGAAGGGAUCAAUGUUUGAACGUAAAAGCGUUGAGUCUUACUUGAAGCCUCUAGGGUCAACAUACUUGAAAAGAGCCAAUAUUGAAGCAGACGAAUUUUUCCAAAAACAAGAGGCUCAGGAAAGGCACAUAUUUAAUAAAAAUUUGAAGUCACUAGAGAACUCUUCCACUGUGAUGUUUAAUUUAGAGCAGGAGAAUAUCCGUUUGAUACUUGAAAAGCUGGUGGCUGUCACACCAGCACCUCCAGAUCCAACCACAGCUGCUCCGAAGAUUUCACUUAAUGACGAAUCAAAAAGAUAUAAGAAAAAACCACCCAGUCAUGUCUACACUGAAAUUCCACCAGUUCCAGACUUUUAUGAUGUAUCAGUGUUUGAAGAAUACAUCUAUCUUUUAACUCAUAGCACAUUUCACCACAAAAAAUCAUCCAAAUUCAACGGUAUCAUACCCAAAAUCUUGAAGAACCUUUUCCACCCAUUAAACUCAAACACUAUUUCACUUAGAACAGUGAACUCAUAUAAUGAUGUUAUCUUUUAUUUUUCAAAGAAAUGGAAUAUCGCAACUUGUCGUGAAUUGCUGGUACAGAUGAAAAUUGAAAAUGUUAAACCCAACGCAACAACAUUCAACCUAAUGUUGAAAAAUCUUUUAACUCAUCAAACUAUAAGGCAUGUUGCUGAUCCAUACAAAAUAUCCCUACAGUAUUUGACUGAAAUGAAAAAAUAUGGGAUAGAAGCGGACCUUGUUACUUGGAAUAUUAUGUUCAACUUAUUAAAGGAUGAUAUAAGUAAAAAGUUAUUGAUAGAGAACAGAAAAUUAUUAUGUUUACCUGCUGAUCCUUUCUUCCUUAAAGCUGUCUUUACACAUAUAUCACACCAAACUGGGACAACAUCUAGUGAGUUGUUGAAAAUGGUACAAGAGUUUGAUGUUUCAGUUGAUGUGAGCCUGUUGAACGUGGUGAUUAAAAAAUUGAUUCAAGAACAGCAAAUAUAUUCCGCAUGGAAAGUCAUAGAUCAUUCAAAGAAAGAGUUCAGCUUCAACCCGAAUGUUGAUCAAAUGAAUUUGCUGCUGGUACCGUUCUCUAAUACGGGGCGUGUUGAUCUUGUUGUUGCAACGAUGAACACAUUUAAAAAGCGCUACAAAGUCAAACCAAACUAUGAUACAUAUAAUCUAGUUAUGAAAAGUGUUUCAAGGGCUCGUCAUUGGGAUGGAAAGCUCUCUGUUCUCAGGAUUUUAUAUCAUAAAAUGAUGCUUGAUCUGAAGCAAAAUGUUGCUGGUGAAUAUUGGAUACGUCGUACUCGGGCCAGAUUAAAAUUCAUAUAUCAGAAAGAUGUUGAGCUGAAACCUGAUCUAAGCACCGAAGAGUCACAGUUGAAAUUGGAUAUGGAUUUGCUUAGAUGGGGACUAGACUCUGAUGUUAUAGAUUUAAGCAAAAAAGUUCCUGAUCAAUUCGAGGAGAUUACUGCAAAAUUAGGUUUCUCAAAAGAACAACGAGAUGCCUUAUUUAUUGAUGAUUUAGACCGAAAGAAAAUCAAAAUGAAAAAAUACAAGCAUAGAAUUGGCGUUUUGUCGAUACAGAAAAGUUUGGUUGAUAGAAUACCAUAUGCUGAGGAUUCAUAUGCAGCAUUGAAGAAAGAAAUGAACAAAAGAAGGCUUAUAGAAACCUAA